GGCACUUCUUCGUGUGGCAUCGGAGCCUCUAGGGUCUAUGCUUGAGGCACACGGCCCGUCGAAUUGCAGCAUGGAGUCUUCGCCUCCUAGGAGCAGUUCUACUGCUUCUGUGGCAGGCGUGAAGCGUCCGGCGGCCCUGUUGCCUGCCUUCGAGCCAUUGAGUUCAUCUCCCUCCCUCCCUCGUCCGCAGAAGCGUGUAGCACGCGAAGAUCAUGGAAUCAUCUCGACCUAUCCGACUCCCGUGCCGACCUCGUCGACUCAUAUCAUGUCCUCCUCCCCCCCUCGAAUGGCUCUGCCCCGGACCGCCUCGCGACGUACCUUCACCUCGACCAGUUCCGAAAGAACCCCGCUGUCCGCUGUCCCGACCCUGAUGCUCUCUGAGAGUGGGGAGGCAGUCCUGAUGGGGAGAUCGAGUGCCUCGUGCCACCACCAGCUCGCGGCCAACCGCAUGAUAUCAAGGGUGCACGUCAAGGCCACCUUUAAGCCAGCACCCAACCCGUUCGACCGCGACAGAGUGGAGAUCAUGUGCUUGGGGUGGAAUGGAAUAAAGCUGCACUGCCAGGGGAAGACCUAUGACUUGGCUAAGGGGAAGACGUUCACGUCUGAUAUCAAGGAUGCUGAUAUUAUGAUCGACGUCCACGACGCCCGUGUGCUGGUCCAAUGGCCGCAGCAUGACAGAAAGGACUACGCCUCGACCGACUCGGAACAGACCUGGGAGGAGACCACCCCCAAACGUGCAGCUCAUGCCCGCCGGAGCCUCCAUGAAAGCCCCAACGUGGAGCGCCAACGCUUGGCUUCUCCUGUCUCCCCGUCCCCGGCGGUUAAGUCUCUGGUUGCUCCGUCAUCACCCCUGUAUACCCCAACACGUUCACGUAAUGCAGUCGUUGUGUACGAGGACGAGGCUUCACCUGUCCGUCGCAACAAAGCCGAGGAUGAAUCGGCUGAAGCCACUCAAAUCAUCGAGGAUAUUCUAGAGAGCUCGCAGUCAAGUGACCUGAGUGAUCUGAGCAAGCACGACGAUUUCUCUGACCAUGAUGAGGAGAACGACCCCAUUAUUCACUCUUUCGGACCUUUUGGCGACAACCUGCUCCCUCGGAUGGCCUCCUUCAAUGCUGAUGAGUCACCGCUCCAGCCCGCACGUCCUCGCAAUCAGGCCCCGGCCCAGCCACUCCAGCCCGCCAAGUCCCCGAGACAGCUGUCUAAUACCACCGAGUCGACUGAUAAUGUGCCCACCAGGCUGGAGCCGCUCGAUGAGAGCUCCGAACGCGUUCAGAACCAUGCUGUCAACCAGCUAGCAUUCUCGCGUCUUUCGUCUACCCCAUUCUCGACUAUCCUGCAGAAUCUCCCCCCCGCCCUGUGGAAGCGGGAAAGAGAUUCCAAGAAAGGCCCCUCGAAGGAUGAGAUUCGUACCAUCCUGGACACGACCAAGUGCAUCGGAAAGGUCGCGCGGGAAGGGAAGGACGCCGCUGGAAAAGCACUCGAAGCCGAAUAUUACUAUAUCCCCGACUUCGAUGAAGACGAUAUGCGUCGAGAGGCGGUUGUUCAUGACCUCAGAAAGCCAGGCCUCCGCAAUUGCCGCAAACAACAUAAGCAAUACUUCUGGCGCAAACCGAAAUAAAAGAAAACCUGUAUCCAACGCCCUGAUAAUAUUUGACACGACUUUUCUUGAUUCUGAGUACAUAUUUGCAAUGUUCCCCUCUUCUUUUAAGGACUCGCAUAGCGUGGCGUGGGCAUACCCUGUCGAUUUUAUGUUGUUGUUGUUGUAUGAAGGUGUAUGAUGACGGAGAUUCUCCUUUCUUGCGUUCUAUUAACGGCCCCCAAGCCAGAUGUAUUGUUUUUGUCCACGUGCGAUGUCUAUUGUGUUUCCUGACGGCCCCAGGCCACAUUGACCAUGAAGCGUCCCGGGUUUCUACUGGUGAUGGUGUAGACCGGGCCUUUGUGGGUGCCAAAAACCCCUCCCUGCCUUGUGUGACGUCCGCCAACGACCUUGAUCCUUGAAAUUUCCCUGAGUUUUGUCCGCCAGUGAGUUGUUGGUAACCUCCAUCAGCAUCAGCCUUGGACCAAUCAUGACCUGUAUGUUAUCAAAA